AUUGUUUGUUAUGGUUGGGGGCAGGUGUGAGGGUGACUGACACUACCAGUGACUGUAGAGGUUAUUGGUUGGGGAGAAAUAUAGAAAUACAGCUUUGAGAACAUACAGAAAAAUGCCAACUGUGAUUAUUUUGGAUGUGUCAUUGUCCAUGAGUCGUGGAGUGGACAUAGCCAGCCCUUGCCAAGAGGAUGAAGAUGUAGAGAGCCUAUUGUUACGGAAGGACCUCGCUGCUCAUGGCUGUAACAUUCUUCUUGAUCAUUUCAUCCAACAUUGCAAGUUAGAGUUUGCUUCUCUGAUUGUCUUCUCAUCUGUCCACAAAGUUCUGAUGCCAUUCACAAGAGAUUUUGAAGCCAUCAAGAAUUCUCUGAAUUUAGUUGAAGAAUGUGAUAAGACCAGUAUUGAGGUGGGGCUGAUGGGAGCAGCACAACAUAUUCUGGAGGAGUGGGGAAAUGGAACACCUUGUCAGAUUGUUUUAGUGACUGAUGGCAAUGCAGGUACUGGACAACACACACUCCAGAAGGCAAUGAUGUCGUCUCACUCACGAGGAGCAUCACAGUUUCCAUUACCAUUUCCUUUUCCUGCGAAGCUCAACAUUGUUUGUAUCACAAACCCAAAUGAGCCAUGUCUUCAGAUAUCAAAGCCAUUGUAUCAGAGAUUAAUAGAACUGAAUGGUGAGGGAGAUAUUUUAGUUCCUGAGGGAGGUCUCAACAAGAAGACUGUGACAGAGAUGUUUGAACAACUGAUAAAGAAUAACUUCUCUUCUUACUCUGGCACCCUCCACUGUGGCAAUUUGUCAGCCCCCAUCACUUUAUCACCUCCACCUCAGCCUUACUGCCGUCACCACGACUUUGAAGUGAUGCGCGUAAGUGUGGACUCUGCCAUCCAGGUCUUAGGUUUCCUCAACACUGGAGAUGUGUCCUCACCGCCUGCUUUCUCCAGGCAUCUGGUUCUUCCACUCUCUGCAAAGGGUGACAUGGUCAUGUUGCCAAAAGCGGAUCCAGGGAGUGAUGACGAGAGUAGUGGUAACGAUGAAGGGAAAAUACCUUCAUUUUGUGUGUUGCUUCAUGGUGGACUAAAGCGUGAAAACAUGGUGGCGUUAUGUCAGGUUGGAGAUAACUGGCAUGGCAUUCUGUAUUCUUGGGCAGACAACAAGAAAAAAUCUAAUCUUAUGUUAUCUCUCUUUGUACCAGGUGUAGAUGUCAUUCCAUGGAUGGGGAAACUAUCAAAUCUUGGACCAGCUUCACAAUUACCUAUAAAUCCUUAUGGACCAUCAGACACCUCUUCUCCAUUCCCAUUGAAGGUUCAUGAAAAGAAGAGUUAUGCUCUGAAUUGUGUUGUAUGGGUACGGCAAGGAGGACUCCAGUCAGAUAUUCAAAAGAUCCUUCGCCAUGCUCGUAAACUCCCAGAUAAGACCCAGAGUUUUUACAAGGAACUGAAUCGCGUGCGUAAAGCUGCACUCUCCUAUGGUUUUGGAGAACUUCUGGAAGGCUUGGCAAAUGUUUUAGAGCGAGAAUGUACACUGCUACCAUCUACAGCUCACCCAGAUGCUGCUAUUCAACUACAACAUGCUUAUGAAGCCUUGCGUAACCAUGACAAAAAAGACAUCAGACAGAAUGUUGCACCACUCAAAACUACAUUUUCAGGGAAUGAUUGAUUGUGAAUUAUAAUUUAUCAUUUAACAGUACAGUGGUCCGUGAUUGAUCUCGAAGUUAGAUACCAAAAGGGAGUCAAGAAUGUGUAUUUGAUCUAAGUCAACUUAAGGGAAAUAUGGGGGUAAGUUGGGUUGAGCUCCCAAAAUUUUGUCACCCCUCAUUGAUGACUUUUUAUCAGUAUGUGUACAUUUGUCUAAUAAUAAAGCCUUGAAAAUACAUGAUACAUAUGGUAUACCUGUCAUUCACAUUAAGUACAACAAAUAACAUUGGACAUUGCUAUCAUCAGUCUUGGUCAGGCAAUCCAACAAUUCUAUCUUUUUGGGUGGAUGCUGGGGAAGGAGUUCCUCCACUGUUGCUUCUUAUUUGAACUUACCAAAGUACAGUACUAGCUUUAUGUUUCAACCCCCAAAAAUUAUGACAUCUUGAAAGACAUGGUGAGUGUUAUUCAGUAAAAUAUAUGGAAGGUGGGACCUCAUCACUAUAAUGUACAGUUGGGGAAAAAUAUUUUGCUCUACAUUGCUGUGGCCAGUGGAGACGUCUGGUAACUCUCGUCGUAACAAACAGAGCACGUAGCAAACCUUUACCAAGUUAGAACCGUUAAAGCAACUGGUUUCAUCCAAAUGUCACCCUCACUAUGGUUCAUUAAAGCUAGUUCAUUCAUAAAGGUUUGCUACGACAAGAGAGUUGUCGGAUGUGUCCACUGGCUACAGCAAUGUGGGGCAGAAUAUUUUCCCCAACUGUACAUGAAAAAAUGGCAAUGCACUUUUAUUUGAAAGAGUACACAAAUAAUUGUCACUAGAGUGCAUUAAUCUUGAUGCUCUUAAUACCUUGAGGGAAAAUACUGCAAAUGGUUACAGGAAGAGUUUUCUCGCAAACACUUGGUGAAGUUGCACACGAGAAUGGCAAUAGAAAUCGAGUUGGAUCUGAAAUAUGGUCUUGGGGUCAGAAUGGUUUGAUUUAUCAUCAUGAGAAUUUUUAAUCAUUUGGGGGACCACUGUACUGAAUUAAAUUAUAACACAACC